CAGCGCGCUGAUAUACUGUAGGAGAAUUAAGACAUGCAAUUAAGUGCAAAACUAAUUCGUGCAUGGUAUUUUGGAGGGCAUCUCUGCACUAAUUAACAAUGUUUGUACAGUUGUUUUUUUAUUGUUUAAACCUCCUGCUUAUUAGCAAUUUAUACACGUGCAUAGAAAUCGAUUAUUUCGAACUUGUGCAACUUGGCAAUGCACCCAAAACGGACAGCGACAUAGUUUUUAAAAUAAACGCUUUUAAACAGGACUUCCACCUAAACGUCGUGCCCGACUUUAGUUUUUUUGCACCUGACGGUGUAUAUGACAAACACACAGCACAAGUAUCUUCUCUGCGCAGCUGCUUCUAUUCUGGGGAUGUGAACUCGGACCCUUCUUCCUCUGCGGCUCUCAGUGUGUGCGGAGGAGCGCGCGGUGCGUUUUAUUAUAACGGCAUGGAAUACUAUUUCCAGGUUAGAGGGAAUGAAACAGUUGAUGGAUUCCCCUCCACCGCUGGAAAGACGCACAUCAUACGACGCCGGACUCCUUAUAACGUCACUGCGAGAUGCGGAGUGACAUCUGGAAUGAACCGAGGCACAGCAGAAUCCCUGCAAAUGCGCCAUCGCGUUAAGGCGCACACAGAAAUAGCCACCAAGACUGCUGUGAAAAGCACAAACCGGGCCAAACGGUUCGUUUCUCUGCCCAGGUACGUGGAAGUGUUGAUUGUAGCUGACGAGUCCAUGGCCAAAUUCCACGGGGAUGACCUGAAACAUUACCUUUUGACUCUCAUGGCUGUUGCCGCCAAGCUGUACCGGCAUCCGAGCAUCAUGAAUCUCAUCAACAUUGUAGUGGUGGAUAUAAUAGUGAUUUAUGAGGAUGGGGAUGGACCCAAGAUCUCCAGCAAUGCUGCUCUCACACUGCGCAACUUCUGCACCUGGCAGAGAAGGUUGAACAAGGCGAAUGACAAACACCCUGAAUACUGGGACACUGCUAUUCUUUUCACAAAGCAGGACUUGUGUGGGGCGACCACCUGUGACACUCUGGGCAUGGCUGAUGUUGGAACCAUGUGUGAUCCCAAAAGAAGUUGUUCAGUUAUUGAGGAUGAUGGUCUACCCUCAGCCUUUACCACAGCACAUGAGUUAGGUCAUGUCCUCAAUAUGCCACAUGACAAUGUGAAGGCCUGUGAGAUGUUUGGGAAACAAAAGGACAACCACAUGAUGUCCCCGACCCUCAUCCAGAUUGAUCGCAACAGUCCCUGGUCCAGCUGCAGUGCAGCCAUUGUGACAAGCUUCCUGGAUGCUGGCCAUGGUGACUGUCUACUGGACAAGCCCCAGAAGCUGCUUGCGUUACCAGAUGAUCCUCCAGGAACUGCCUACAGCCUCGUCCGCCAAUGUGAGUUGGCAUUUGGUUCGGGGUCCAGACCCUGUCCAUACAUGCAAGCCUGCUCAAAGCUAUGGUGCACAGGCAAAACCAGGGGGCAGCUGGUGUGCCAGACUCGCCACUUCCCCUGGGCUGAUGGCACAAGCUGUGGCAACAACAGGAUCUGCUACAGCGGUGCUUGUACUAAUAAGAGUACCACCAUGAAACCCACGGUAGACGGACAGUGGGCUAAAUGGGAAGCAUACGGAUCUUGUUCUCGAACAUGUGGAGGAGGAGUUCAGCUGGCAAAAAGGGAGUGCAGCAGCCCUGUUCCACAAAACGGGGGCAAAUACUGCCAAGGCCUUCGUGUAAAAUAUCGCUCCUGCAAUCUGGUGCCAUGCAAAUAUUCAGGCAAAAGUUUUCGAGAGGAGCAAUGCGAGUCCUUCAAUAACUUCAGCCUCAACACCAGCAGACUUGGACCCUCUGUAAUGUGGGUCCCUAAAUACUCUGGAAUUUCUCCAAAAGACAGAUGCAAACUUAUCUGCAGAGCCAGUGGCACAGGAUACUUUUACGUACUGGCUCCAAAGGUCGUGGAUGGAACGCUCUGCUCCCCAGAUUCUUCAGCAGUCUGUGUUCAAGGGAAGUGCAUCAAAGCCGGCUGUGAUGGAAAGCUGAGCUCCAACGUAAAGUAUGACAAGUGUGGAGUGUGUGGAGGGAAUAACCAGAACUGCCAGAAAUUCUCCGGAGUGUUUACCAAACCUUUACAUGGAUAUAACAUUGUGAUCACGCUACCAGCCGGAGCUUCAAAUAUAGACAUCAGGCAACGUGGCUACCGCGGUUUGGUCAACGACGACAACUACUUAGCAGUCAAGAACAUUCACGGUCAGUAUCUUCUCAACGGCAAUUAUGUGGUGUCUACUGUUGGGCGACACAUCAUUGUAAACGGCACUACACUACGCUACAGUGGAACCUCCACUGCUGUAGAGAAGCUGCAGGCAAUGAGACCCCUCCGGCAGCCCUUGACAAUAGAGGUGCUGUCUGUGGGGAAAAUGACACCUCCACGUGUGCGCUAUUCAUAUUACCUGAAAAAGAUGAUGGAUAGGAAGAUUCUAAAAAAGGGGGAGACGAAGCAUGUACAGAACAGCAUUCUGGUAGACACCAACAAGGUGCAGAUAAAAAAGCUAGCCUACCAGAAACCAUCCAGCAACUGGGUUACCAGUGACUGGGAAGAAUGUUCUGUAAGCUGUGGAAAUGGAUUUCAGAAAAGACUUGUCCAGUGUCUAGACUCAAAUGGGAAAGCAACUGAAUAUUGUGACAGCAGUCAAAGGCCUAGUUCUCAGAAGGUGUGUGGUGAACCUUGCCCCAUGUGGAGUAUCGGCGAGUGGUCUGCUUGCUCCAAAAGCUGUGGGAAAGGUUUCAAGAAAAGGGCUCUACAAUGUGUCACUCAAACCGGGCUCCUCCUACCAAGAGACCACUGCUCAAGCAAAAGGAAGCCCCAAGAACUGGAUUUCUGCAGAGUUCAAACUUGCUAGAGACUUGUAAAGACUUGCUAGAACUCUUUUAAGCAUUGUGGACAUGGUCCAUAGCACUGGUUGGUUUUUUUUUUCAGUCUAAACAAACCUCUUGAUUUAUAUUUGCUGUCACUUGGGUCUCUCAUGGUUCCUCACCUGUGUACCAUGCUUCAACAGGAGAUAGUUACUGGUGAGACUACAGACAUACAUGUUUGAUAAGGCUGAGGUAAAAAAAACAAAACGCUUGCAUUUUUGUGAUGAUUUGAAGUCACGCAUAACCUACCUCAUAAAGACACUGACCCAUAGUACAAGAUUAUUUGUUAUAUUAUUAUAACAUUCAUCUUUAUAAGUAAAAAAAAAUAUGACAAAUACUAAAAUUCAGCAGACAAUAUUUAGAGAAACAUACAUUAAUCAAAUUUAUACAACUGAGCAAUCGAGGGCCUUACUCAAGGGCCCAGCAGCGGCAGCUUGGUGACCCUGAGAUUUGAACUCACAACCUUUCACUUAGUAGGCCAAGAGCUUAAUCACUGAGCUACAACUUCCUCACAUUAACAUAGUUCAACAUUAAUUGAAAGUAUCUGUGUACUGGUUUUAUUUUCUGCUGUAUUUAAGGAGAUCUAUUGUGUCUAAUUAGACAAGACUUAAACAUCUAUUGCUUGAUAUAAUUGUAGUUAGGAA